UUACCCUUGGGGCCCUGUCUCCCCACUCCUGCCCUAGCCUCAGAAAGAGUUGGAGCGACCUGGCCCCAGCCCUGUGCUCUUAUCAAGUGAGCUGGUCCAAACUCCUGCUCAUGCCUGUUGCUGUGAAAAUGAUCCUGCUUCUCCUCCUCCUUGGGGGCCUCUGGACUCAAGAGGUGAACUCUCUGGAGACUACAACUACUUUGCAGACAUCUGCACCCAGACAGUCUUCUGUUUCUUUGGCCUCAGAUAACACAGAGGCCCCAAAACUCAACUCAGUGACCUCCAACACUACAGUAACGAGGGACCCAGAUGAAGGUGACGGCACCAGGCAUGAGAGCUCUCCUCUUUCCUCAACUCCCUAUACAGUCAAUGAAGUAUCCUCUCCUGAGACUUCCAUUGCUGCCACCAGUGGCCUCUCUGUACCUGAGCCAACAACCUCCGAUGAAGUUUCCACCGAAAAGUCAUCAACGCUCCUGGAAAUCUCUAAUGCAGCCAGUAACCCUGCUGUCUCAGCAAUGAACUCUCUGGGAUUCCAUGCUACGACUGAUGGAACCACAGUAACUAGCUUCCUGGAGACCUUCAGUGGGACCAGUAGACUCCCUGUCAUGGCAACUAUCCCUCUAGAGACCUCCAGUGUACCCAGUGCUUCCCCUGUCACCAUAGCAACUAGCUCUCUGGAGAUAUCUAGUGUGAUCAAUGGAGCCCCUGUCACCAUGAAAACUAGCUCUCUGGUGACCUCCAGUGUGACCAGUGGACCCCCUGUCACCACAGCAGCUAGCUCUCUGAAGAUAUCUGAUGUGAUCAGUGGAGCUCCUGUCACCAUGAACACUAGCUCUCUGGUGACCCCCAGUGUGACCAGAGGACCCCAUGUCACCAUGGCAACUAGCUCUCUGGAGACCUCCAAGGAAACCAGUGGACUUCCUGUCACCACGACAACUAGGUCUCUGGAGACCUACAAGGGGACCAGUGACACCAGCAACAUCAGGGUAAAAAGAUCCACCACGACUACCCCAAAGACCUCCACAAGCACACGCAGUAGCACCCCGCCAAUUUCAAGUCAGGGAAAAAAUGGCACCCUGCUGGUGGCUGCGCUUGUGGCCCUGCUGGUGGUCAUUGUCCUCAUGGCACUACUUGUGCUGUGGCACCAGCGGCGGAAGCGGAGGACAGGGGAGCUGAUGCUGAGCAGCAGUGGAAAGCGCAAUGGGGUGAUGGAUGCCUGGGCUGGGCUAGCCCGGGUGAAUGAUGAGGAGGCCAUGACAGCAACAGCAGGAGUGUCUGAGGGGGACAAGGGCUCUGUGGCCCCCGAAGGGGAGGGAUCUAGCCGGCGGCCCACACUCACCACUUUCUUCGGUAGGAAGAAGUCUCAUCAGGGCUCCUUGGCACUGGAGGAGCUCCAGGCUGGGUCAGCCUGCAGCCUAAAGGGAGAGGAGGAGCCACUGGUGGGCAGCGAAGAUGGGGCUGUGGAGGCCCCCACUUCUGAUGGGCAGAAGCAGGAGUUGUAGAAACCUCUUAGAGCUUGCAAAUAACAAGACUGGAGGCCAGAAUCAUUUGAGCUUUCAUCACCUUCCCUCCUAUCAUCACUUCCAAGCCACUGUCACCCAGCGUCCUCUGGAUUUUCACCCAGCAUCUUCACGCUGAAUCCUCAUCCAGCUUCUUAACCCUGGACCUUCCAGCCAGCAUCCACAGCCAGCAUCUGAACCACCACCUACGUCAGGGCCUACACCCACGGAAUGCGCAAACCUGCCUCAUCAACCACUACUUCUCCCAAUCGCCUUUUCUCCAUGUUUUUGUCUCUGAAACCAGCAGUUGAGUUUCCAUUAUGCCAAACUUCCUUGACCUAUGAUUUCUCAGAGGAUUCCCCAGGGGUACCAGAGUCUGGGAAGAAGAAGGAAAUGACAACCCAGCAAACUCUCUUCUAGGAUUACUCUGGAAAGUGCAUUUGGCCCCAUAGGUUAGGACAGUCCUACUGGGUCAGCUCAUGAACCUCCUUUAACCCUGGCCCCCAGUGCUCUGUGCCACGCCAGUCUGGAGCAUGGGCUGAGUGGCAUCUCUAGGUGUGCUCUCGGAUGUGCCUGUGAGAGCGCGUGGACUCUAGGCUUGCCCACAGCCCAAGCCACCACACUCUCCCCCACCUAUGGACUGAGGCAACCAGAGGCUUCAGCUAUUUCUCCUCCCAAGGGCAGAGGUAAGAAGAGUUUCUGGGCAGGUCUAGUUCUCAGAAGCCCCAGCACCUGCAUGUGUCCGUUCAUGGGUGCAGUCUGUGCACAAGAGGCAAGGAUUUAGCGAUGUUUGUGAAGGGCAGUGGUGAGUACAGACGGUAUGGGGGAGGGGGCAGGAAGGGCUGCAGAGGCUGAGCAGUUGCUGACUUGAGGAACUCCUGAGAAAGCAUGUGCCGCAUCCUUGCUCAGCUGGGGUAGAAGUAGCGCAUUUAACUCUGUCUGCAGCCCAAUAAAGAAUGCCAGUUUGACAGAAAGACUGCAUGUGUGACCUGAGUGUGGCUCUUCAGCUCAGCCGCUAUGUCCCUCCCUCAAACCUCCCCCACCCCAGCACCCACAAGAGGGGAGACCCAAUAGCAGGGUCUUGCUGACGCUGUGACAUGUUUAAUCUGUUUGUCUAUAUCUCCUCUUCCGUUCUCUAAGGCGAAUCAGUGAGUGAGCUAAAUGAGAAGCAGUGACAGGCUUGCAGAACCAGACACUUCCAUAUUCCAUAUUCCAUAUUCCAGGCUCUGGGAUGGAGAGAACAAGACCCAACUGCACUGUCUCUGAGCCCAGCCCGGGCCAGAGCCCAGGGGGCCACAGGGGCCAUUGGCAGUUGGUGUUUCCUCAAGGCAAAGAGGAAAUUUGCAAAGAGGAAGUUAUUGAGUCAGAGGGUGCAGUGGCCAAGAGCAGACAGACUGACCUACAAAAAGAGAGGCCAAUGGGAACUGCAUGAGUGUGACUGCCGUGUGGCCUGGACUGGUGGGGAGGCAGGAGAGAGGCGAAGGGCCCAAGUGAGUCCGUUCAUGGUGGGGGAUGAGGGACAGAAGAGGCAGAAAGUGGCCACAGAUCCACCUGGCCACCAUGCAGUUGUGCCACCUGUGCCUGGUCUGUGGGACAGGCUGAGCUGGUGUGAAAGUCUAGCUCUCACCAGCCAGGCUAGGCACCCACGGGGCAUGUGUGGGCACCUUUUCCCACUUCUCACAAGGCACUGUUAGGGCUAACUGUGGCCUCGGCAUAGCACAAGUGAGUUCCAAAUGUCCCUUGUGGACACCACAAGUGUUGUCUUAGAUUUGUCAGACCAAGUGCCCUAAUUUCAGGCAUAGAAAAUAUUGUUGCUGAUCUCAGAGGCCAUCAGCUCCUCCUUUCCCCCUCAAUAGAUGCAUGCAGUCAUUUUCUGAACUAUGACUGGCUUCUGGGUCCUGGGCGAAUCCUGAAGGAAAUGGGGUGGGAGUGGGUAAGGCAUCCAUUAGGGGUCUCAUAGCCUGGAAAAUAUCAAAAUAUGUGAAAAGUGUUCAAAUAGAGGCACCAAAAAAAUUUUAUGAGUGCAUCGACAGAAAGGAGUGCCGGGGUGGCCUGGUGGCACAGCGGAUAAUUUUGUGCGCUCUGCUUUGUGCUCGGGGUUCACUGGUUCUGAUCCUACACGUGGAGCUAUGUACCAUUUGUCAAGCCAUGCUGUGGUGGGCGUCCCACAUAUAAAGUAGAGGAAGAUGGGCACGGAUGUUAGCUCAGGGCCAAUCUUCCUCAAAAAAAAAAAAAAAGAGAAGGGAGUGCUGCACUGCUCCUGGGGAUAGGGUAGGAGGCUGCCCCCAAGAGUUUAAGUUGCACAGGGUCUUUGUCAUAUUCACUGAUGUGCUGGUGGCUGUGGUGCCUGGCAUGGAGAAGGUCCUCAGUAAAUUUUCCUAUGAAUGAAUGAAUGAACGGAGAUGACUCCUCAGAGAUUCUGGAGGCUGAGAAGGACUUUGUCAGGCUGAAAGGGGGGCAGGGCACCCUCAUUGGAGGGGAUUUGCGUAGGCCCAGUGAGGAAAGAACAAGCAAUUCAAUGUAGAUUCUUCUUUGAACAAACACAGAAUGGAUGCCUUUCAAUUCUCUAGAGGGAAAAAAAGCAAAGAAAUCAGUAGAUUUUGUAAGACCAAAAGGAAAAAUAAAAGGCCAGAGAGAAACAAUAAGGAAAUGUAAAAUAUGGUGAGGACCAAACAUAUUAGUUAUGAAAAUAAUUGUAAAUGGCUUAUUAAACUUAUUGUAGUUGCUAAAAGUCAUGCUUUCAAAAACUAUUUAAUGACUUUGAAAAAUGUCUACAAUAUAAUGUUAAGUGGGAAAAAAGCUAGUUAGUUACUAAUCUACAAAUACAUAUGAUUCUAGUUUUGUAAUAAAAAUGCAAAACCUUAGACUUUUAUAGAAAAAAAGAUUUGAAGGAAAUAUCCCAAAUGUUUAUUGUGAUUGUCUGUAAGGUAAUAGGUAUACAGGUGAUUUUUAUUUUUUUAUCUUGCUUAUACUUCUCUGUAUUUUCCAAAUUUUAUAAAAUAAAUAUCUACCACUUUUACAAUCAGAAAAAAUAUUAACAAAAGUAUUAACGGGGGUGUGUGUCCGGUUCCAGGAGGGAUGUGGGACAUGAGGCUGGAAAGGCAGAUGGGAGCCAUGCUAUGAGAGCUCCAGAGUUUGAAUUCCCUUCUAACAGCAGUGGGGAAGUCAGCAAACCAUGUCUGUUCUCCUCUCUUCCCGGGUCUCAGCAAGUGGUAGACACUAUCAUGGGGCAAAACACGUCAAAACCACCAUCAAGCCCCAUUCUCUCCCCUGUCCUCGCUCCCUGGAUGCCAAGUUCAGCUGAUUUUUCUUCCACAGCCCCUGGGCGUCUUUCCUUCUCUCCAGGCCCCAUCACACCUUGCCUGAUCCUGCCGAGACUUCCCUUUCAGCUUCCUUCCCCCAAUCCGAUCUAUCCUCUGCCCAUGAUGGUCCCAGUGCCCCUUCUAAAAGACCACUCCGUCCAGAUUACCCCUGCAGCCCCCAAGGCCAUCAGGAUAGAGCCCACCUUCCUUAGCUUGGAGGAUAAGACCCCCUUCCAGACCUGGCCCGCCAGCUCAGGCCCUGGCCCAAAUGCUCUACGCCCUCCACCCUCAUCGGAUUCCAUGUAGGCUUCCUGAACAUGCCAUGUGUUUUUCUUGGUGUGUGUGUAGGAGUAUAGUUGAAAAUGUUUAUCUUGUCUGGACAAUAAAAUGUUAAUUACUUGUUUUGCAAAAGUUAA